AAUAACAACAUAUCUACAAAAUAAAAUUUCUUUUUCCCCAUUUUACGAUAAACAAUUCAUUUUAGAUAAUGGAAUAGAUGUGGUAUCAUUCGGCCACGACAAUUUCUACUUUUAAUUCUUGCAAAUAUUCUGAUAUCAUCAGCAUCAUCACAAUAUGGUUUUUUAAUAAUAUACAAAAGGAAAACUACUUAUGUAAUACAUAGCAUUUGUAGUAGAACUUAUUCGUGUUUAAAACAAACGUAUAGGGAAGCAGCAUUAUUAAAAUUGCUAAAUAAUAAACUAUAUGAAUGUAAAUUUUUCGUAAUAAAAAAUAAAAUAAUAAUGCCUAUAUUUAAUAAAUAUUUUAUAAAAUGUGAUUGUAUGAAAUGUAAUAAUAAUUAAAUAUUUUAUAUUUUCUAGAAAUUGUUUAUUUUAAAAGAUUAUCCGAUACAGUUAUAUGUCCAAAAAAGGCUUCUUUGGGUGCAGCCGGAUACGAUAUAUUUUGUACUGAGAACUUUCAAAUAAACCCCCAUGAACAAAAAGUAAUUUUCACCGAUAUAGCCCUGGAAAUCCCAAUGAACUGUUAUGCUAGAAUAGCUCCAAAAUCUUCCAUUUCGUUAAACAAUAUCAUGAUCAAUGCAGGAGUUAUUGACUUUGACUACCGUGGAAAUAUCGGUAUUAUUAUGUAUAAUUAUGGAUCAGAAAUUAUCAUUUUCGAAAAAGGAUCGGCCAUUGCACAAAUUAUUUUUGAACUAAUAAUGCAUCCCAGUUUAAUAGAAAAAACUUCAUUAAACGCAACCGACCGAAACGAGAAAGGAUUCGGGGAUUGUAGCAAAAUUGCUUUUGAAAAUUUUGAAGAUUCUGAAAAAGAAGAUGAUGAAAGUGACAUUACUGAAAAUGAUGAUGAAAUUACCUUAUCUCAUGAAAAACAAGAAGACGAUUUUAACUGUGAUGAAGAUACUCAUAAAAAAGAAGACGAUUUUAACUGCAAUUCACAACCCCCCAUAAACUGGGAAACUUUCUGGUCUUCACCCUUAGAAGAGAGCCCCAAUCAGAGAAAAGUCAAUCAGAAAGGAGGACAUCAGCCAGUUAGAGAAAGUGCAGUCAGAGAUAAGGACACAGUCCAGUUAGAAAGACAGUCAGAAAGAGACAGUGAGAUAGUCAGCAGUUGUGGACACAGCUCCAACCAGAGGAAGAGUGGUUCAAGAGAAAACGACUCCAAAAACGAGCGAGCACGAGACUAA